UCUGGAUCCAAAUGUCACCAAGCCCGCUCUCUCAUAGUCUGCUGAUGCAGUGAAGUCAGGUAACGAGAGGGUGAGAGGGAGAUGGUGCUUCCUCUUCUUCCUUUGUUGACUCUUGAUUUUGACGUGGUUACUGGUUUGCCUUUUGCUGCAACUCACUUGUUUACCCGGAGUAACAUACGUAGGGAUUACACUACGAUUGUGUGGCUUCGUCUCUUGGCUUCCAACUUUCCGGCGUCUUCUUCUAUCGUUCGGACCUGCUACAAUUGUGGCGAUCCUGGCCAUUUCGCUAGAUGGUGUCCGCAUCCUGUCAAUGGGAACGGACGUAGUAACGCUAUUGUUCCACAGCCCCUACUCACUCUUCCGUCCACCUCGACUGCUACUGCUUCUAAUGCUCUUACUACCAGUCAGUUUAGGAACAACUGUUGGUACGAAGCCAAGCAGCAGCUGAUUCUUCUGGAGAAUACCGUUGCUGAGAUCAAGCUCCUCUAUGACGCUGAUGUUGAACGAGAAAAGGCAUCGAAGGAAGAAGAAGCUCGUAAGAAGAGGGAGGCCGAGGAACUUGAACGUCGUGAACAUGAUCGCAAGGAACGGGAGGAUAUGCAUCGCAAGAUGAUGGAAGAUAUGAAUAUGAAGUGGGAGAAGAUGUGUGAGAAGAUGAAUUCUAGUAACAAUGCAAUGAAAGGGGUUAGUGAGAUUGACAGUCUUCGUAGUGAAAUCGCACGGCUCAAGACUAUUGUAGACUCCUCUGCUUGUUCUCCAUCCACUGCCAAGGCUACUGCUGAAGGUGGCGUGGUAGUUAGGCAACUGCUGAGGGAACAAGAUGCUCUGAAGAAGAAGGUUGAAGAAUCUGCCGCUUCACAACGGCGCUUGGAGAGUUUGGAGUCAGAAAUGGCUCUCAUGUAUACCAUGAGGGACGAGGCCUUGUAGGAGGUCGAGUUGUGGAAGAACGAGACGCUUCGGUCGGGCAACAAGCGGAGUUGUGCUGCUGUUACUCCCACUACUGCUGCCAGAACCUAUUCCCGGACUGCU